ACAGCGUUUGAUCAUCAAAGACUGUAAUAACAAGCAACAAGUUGUUGACAAGUGUGUGGAAGCUCAUCGUGGACAGUGUGCACACUGCACAGACGGUCGCCAUGGAAGGACUUCUCCAGUCGCAAGUCGGCGCCGCGCCGCUCCCGGCGGCGACGCGCCCGCGCAUCGGGAGGAAGAACCGGCUGCCGUGCGCCCGGGCGAGCGUGCGCGGCGGCGUCCGGCAGCUGGCGGUCAGCAUCGACGAGCUGAGGCUCGCCCGGGACGCGGUCGUCGCCGGCGGCGCCGAGGACCACGCCGUGAACGGGCACGCGCCCGCCGGCGGCAAGGCGGCCGAGAAGCUCCGCGCGGUCGCGGAGGCGGCGGCGGACCGCGCCGAGAUGCACGACAUCAUCGGGCGGCAGCGGGACAACUGGAACCACCUGCUGCUCCACUCCACCAACUCCCUCACGCUCGCCGCCUCCGUCAUGGCCGCGCUCGCGCCCGCCGCGCCGAGCAUGGUCGCGCUCAAGGCCUCCGCCGGAGUCCUCCUCGCCACCGCCGCCGUCACCAUGGCCGCUGUCAACAAGAUCCAGCCGUCGCAGCUCGCCGAGGAGCAGCGCAAUGCCACGCGCCUCUGGAGGCAGCUCGAGCGCGACGUCCGCGCCGCGCUCGACGGCCACGGGGCGACGCCGGCGGCCACCGAGGCCUACGUCCAGGACGCCAUGGACAGGGUGCUCGCGCUCGACGCGGCGUACCCGCUGCCGCUGCUCCCCGGCAUGCUCGACAAGUUCCCCAAGACCCUCGAGCCCACCCGGUGGUGGCCGAAACGGCAGGUCAAGAACAGCAAGCCGGCCAACAAUGGCACCCGGCGAGGCGCCACGGCCGGGAACGGCUGGACGCAGGACCUGGAAGACGAGAUGCGCGGCAUCGUGCGGGUGCUCAGGGCCAAGGACGAGCAGGAGUACGUGACGGCCGGCAAGCGUGUGCUCGCCGUCAACCGGGUCCUCGCCGUGGCCGGGCCGGCGCUCGCUGGCGCGGGCGCGGCCGCCGCGGCCUUCGCCGGCGCCGCCGGCGAGGCCGGCUCCUGGGCCUCCGGCGCGGCCGUCCUCUGCGGCGCGCUGGCAGCGGCGGCGAAUACGGUGGAGCACGGCGGGCAGCUGGGCAUGCUAUUCGAGCUGUGCCGCAACGUCUCCGGGUUCUACCGCAAGGUCCAGGAGGACAUCGAGGCGUGCCUGGACGAGGCCGACGUCGAGCGGAGGGAGAACGGCGAGGUGUUCGAGGCGAAGGUGGCACUGCUGCUCGGCCGGAGCACGUCGGACCUCAGGCAGUUCAGGGAGAUGGCGUUGCCGUCGUUCAAGGACGAGGACAUGAAGGAUUUCGCCGGGAAACUGUUUUAGAUUAUCCUGACCAAAUCUGGCUGUAGAUGUAUAGAACAAUGACAGAAUUCAUUGGUUAUUUAACAACAACGUAUAGAACAAAAUUUGAGCCUAUCAGUAGUGUUUCUAUAAAUCAUUCGACAUGCAUGUGUCUCUGAAUA